ACCUAAACCAGGGAGGACGCCAGAUCUCCAUUAUUUGAAAAUUUAACCCAUCUUGUGACGAAGUUGCGGUGUUGGGGAACGAAUAUCAAUCUGCAAUAGACCCGCCUUGAGCACAGAAUGCAAUGCAUCGCGGAGGGUCUCAUCUGCGACAAAGUACCUGGAACAUGUUUCCUGCCAAUAAAUUUGGAUCAUGGCCAUUAUCUGUCCAUUUGUGAGCCUCCAAGAUUUCAAAUCAUUCUUUUGGGCUUCAUCCAAUCAACUAAUGACCACCCCCACCCACCUGCUCAAUGGUGCUUUACUUGCUUUUUUUUCCUUCUCGUCUCUCCUCCAUCCAUGCCUCAAAAGCGCCUCCACCUCCCAUCGGUGCUAUUGCUCUUUCUGGCUGUUUCCUUGUUGAGAUUACGGAUACUGACAUUUAUGUUCUGUUGUCGGGAACCUUUCAGGAACGACCACGCGAAGAAUGACACUGACAGGCAUCCGCCACCGAUAGUUGAGAAGAUGACCAGUCAAUCGUCAACACCUGCAUCGGGAACGUCCGUUCAGGGAUGCCCCUGCCAGAGAAGCUUGGCAAUUCCCAAAGUACCAUCCACGCCGUCCUUCAGCUUUGUAUCAAUCGUGCAGCCACCACGAUCCGCCCACGAUCGGAUCGACGUCCAGGGUUGAUCCCUACCCGAGCACCCGGUUAUUCUGAUAUGGUGUCAAGUGCCACUGCCGGUCCCUCUCCAAAGGGACCGUGCGAUGGGGGCUGCAUCCACAACUCCAUUGAUCCUAGGUCCUUCGUACCAGUGAAAGCCUUGAUCGUCGCCGCCUAAACUGGAAUUCGGGACCCUCGACCCUCGUUCCGUUUCCCCGUCCGGCAUUCUUCUUGGGAAGGGCAAUGAGGCGCUCUUGAACUUUGUUGGAUCUGCUAGUUUUUCAGCUCGUGGCCAUGCAGCUGGAACAAUUGGCCCAUCUGCCACGAUCGCCUGGGA